UAGAAUUACCCUAUCACAUUAAUUUACAUAUCUAUUUUUGUGUUGUUAAUAGUUUAGAAUGUUCAUCAAGACACGCAGUGAUCAAAACCUUUCCAACAUGGACCAAGUAAUGCAAUUUGUGGAGCCCAGCCGGCAGUUUGUGAAGGACUCAAUAAGGCUUGUGAAGAGGUGUACCAAGCCAGACAGAAAAGAAUUCUCAAAGAUUGCAAUGGCCACAGCAAUAGGUUUUGCUAUAAUGGGUUUCAUUGGUUUCUUUGUCAAACUCAUCCACAUCCCCAUCAACAACAUCAUUGUUGGUGGUUGAAUAUCUCUCCGGACUGACUGACUAGCUGCAACAAGACAUGGGUUCAAAUGCCGAGAAGUGUUUUUUUUCUUCUUUGUAUAUUAUUAUCUUCAGUUCAUAUUUGUUUGCUCUGUAAAUAAAUCUGGCUUAGUAAGAAUUCAAA